AUGUCCAAAUUUGAUCCCUACAGCCACCUCGGUAUCACUCUCAACCCUGACGGAACCCUCACUCGUGGCUGCAACACUAAAACAACCAACGCAAAUCCCGAACCCGAGUCUUCCAACCCUACUGUUUCUAAAGACAUAACCAUCAACCAUGAAAACAAAACAUGGGUCAGGGUUUUCAGACCAACAAAGCUUCCUUCCAAUGACAAUAUGGUGGCACGGUUACCCAUCUUGAUCUACUUCCACGACGGUGGAUUCAUCCUCCUUCGCCCUUCUGACUUCGUCACUCACUCAAAAUGCUCACAACUCGCCGCCGAUGUUCCUUCCAUCGUGGUGUCCGUCGCGUACCGUCUUGCGCCCGAGAAUCGUCUUCCAGCGCAAUACCACGAUGCACACGAUGCAAUCAUGUGGGUGAAGGAACAAUUGAGUGACCCCAAUGGAGAACCAUGGCUAAAAAAUUAUGGGGACCCUUCAAGGUGCUACCUUUAUGGGUGUGGUAGCGGUGGGAACAUUGCGUUCAACACUGCUAUGUUGGUUGCUGACGUGGAUCUAGAGCCUUUAAAGAUUCGUGGGGUGAUAAUGAACCAACCCAUGUUUGGGGGAGAGAAGAGGACAGGGUCGGAGCUUACGUUUGCCACGGAUCAAUCGUUGCCUUUGCCUGUGUUGGACAUGUUGUGGGAAUUGGCUUUGCCUAAGGAAACUGAUCGUGACCAUAGGUAUUGUAAUCCUCUGGUGAAAGGGCCACAUUUGGAUAAUAUGAAAAAACUGGGGAGAGCUCUUGUUGUUGGGUAUGCUGGGGACCUCAUGGUGGAUCGGCAACAAGAGCUUGUGACCAUGUUGGUCAAGUGUGGGGUGCAAGUGGAAGCUCGGUUUGACCAAGUGGGGUUCCAUAAUAUUGACAUGGUGGACGCUGCCAGGGCUACUGCCAUUAUAAAUAUUGCCAAGGAGUUUAUACUUGGUUGA